AUGACUUACGAUCGCCCUGAGUUUAUCAGAGAUGAGUCAGCUAUGUUAUCCAGAUUUGAUGCCCUGACUAAAUCAGGCCUUGUUCUGUACGAUGAAAACCAGAAAAUUGUUGAGCACACUGAUGGAGACUUGAAGUUCCAUUUUGUUCUCACCAACGCUCUUGUCAAGAAGCCGACCUUAUCUACACCAGAACCGCAAUCUGUACCCACAAGUGGCUUGCCACACGACAGACAGCUACUACCGGGUAGCGACAUCAAUACAACCGGCUUCGAGAUGGGCGGAAGCGUAGACAGCACUCACUUUCUUAUUGCCAACAAGUUUUGUUUCUCGCGACCCCACCUCAUGAUGCUCACUCGCGAUGGGUAUCGCAGACAAUACGAGCCUCUGGGCCAGAAGGACUUUGAUGCUGCGUGGAGCAGUCUGGAGUCCUUGAAUGAUGUAACAACGGACUAUGUUGUCUUCUUCAACUGCGGAAAAGCUGGUGGAUGCAGUAGAUUGCACAAGCAUUUACAGCUGAUGCCUCUUCCCGCCAGCGGUUUUGCCGUCGACUUUCUCGAUUCAAACAGCACCGAGAAACCGAAACUACCUUUCGAAUGGUUCUACCACAGGUUCAAAGACAAUACCACAGCACGUUCAGAUGGGACCGGGAUUUAUUUACAGCUUCUACAGCAGGCGACGGAAGCUUGGAAGGCUAGUACAGGAAAGAAUGUGCCAGAGGGACAAGCGUGCCCGCAUAAUGUGGCUUUCACAUCCCGCUGGAUAGUGGUCAUCCCUCGUCGCAGUGCGGCUGUCAACAAAGAGGCCGGUGUGAAUUCUUUGGGAAUGUUGGGGGUGAUUGCCGUAGCUACAGAGAAAGAGAUUGAGAAUUGGUUAAAGCUUGGGCUGACAAAUUCCCUCAGAGAACUUGGAGUUCCGAGGAACAAGGGUUUAAUGCCAGGGAGAUAA